CUAUCAUAUACAUUAAUUUCUUUAAUGGCACUACAGUCGACUUCUUUAAUGGCACCAGCCUCGCCGGUGGUCUCAGUAUCACCGUGGCACUCACCGGUGCCAUACCUCUUCGGAAGCCUUGCUGCCAUGAUGGCUCUCAUUGCUCUUGCUCUCUUCAUCCUCGCCUGCUCCUACCGGAAACUCUCUCGGAACUUAACAAACAACAACGAUGCCGGCGCCGGAGACGCUAAACCAGCUGACAAUAAUAAUAAUAACAAGACGCCACCUGUUUUAGAAGAAAAGUAUCUCGUGAUCAUGGCUGGACAACAAAAACCGACGUUUUUAGCCAGACCCACUUUUUGCAGUAGUUGCCGGUGCAGUUCACCGACGACAUUGGAGAUGGCGAAAGAAGGGAGCAGUGAGCAAGUACAAGUAAGCAUCGUGGUGUCUUAAGAUUACUUAUUUUGUAGGGGUGAUGAUGAUGCCAGUGAGAUUUCGAGCGGUGGUGGAUCGUAGUAGAUGUGACGAGGGGGCUCUGUGUUGUGUAGGGAACUGUUUUAUGCUCGCCGUUUAAUUUGAUCGCCGGCAACGUACAUAUAAUGAUAUAACUUUGAGUAAACUUCAUUUUUGGUCCCU